AUGGAUUCUUUUGAAUUCGUCAAGAACCACUGCCCCCUCCGCCGCAUGAGGUGCUCUAUCCAACAUUAUGAUUGGGGUAGAAUGGGGCAGGAUUCCCUGGUCGAGAAGGUCUAUGCUUUGAAUUCUGGCUUCGAGAUCCAACUCAACAAGCCCUAUGCUGAGUUCUGGAUGGGAAUGGUGCCGCUAUUGACACCCACCCUCACUCCGAAUUGA